UUUGUUUUGCUUGCCGAGUUCGUCGCACCGUCGCGAGUUUUGGUGGCCAAAUUUUUCGGCGAUUUUCAAGUGUUUUCCCAAAAGAAUCUGCUAGCGAAAGUGACCCACAAUCGCGCAAAAUGCCCACCAUUAUCGCGGUGGAUGUGUCGCUGUCGAUGACGCGGCCAGUUCCGGUGGCCGGAGCGGCGACAGGAGGAACCGGAGACGAGGGCCUGACCUAUCAUCAGCUUGCCAUCCAGGCCGUGAACGGGAUUUUGGACUAUUUGGCGAAGCAUUCGCGGUUGGAGUUUGUGUCGCUGAUUGUCUACUCGUCCCUGUACGAAGUGCUGGUAGAUUUCACCCGCGACUACGAGUCCGUCCGGGCGGCGCUGCACAAAAUUGACCACUACGACAAAACCAGCCUGGAGAACGUGCUGGUGGCGGUGAACAACAUGUUCAAGACGCACUGGGGCGCCCAAAACUACUGCCAGAUCAUCUUCCUGACGGACUGCGGCGUCGGAAUGGGUCCGAGCUCGCUCAAGAACACCGUCAUCAACCUGCAGAACUUUAAGGCGCAAAGCUCGAGCAGUGGCGUGAAGGUUCCGCUGUCGGAGAACCAGUGGGUCGGGUUUUCCUACCCGAGCAAGCUGACCUUUGUGGGGUUGGGCAAUCCGGCGGACACGGCGUUCAAGUUUGGCACGAAGCUGUACCAGCAGCUGUUGGACGUGAGUGGGCAGAACGGGCAGGUUUUUAUUCCGAAGUUGAAGUCGUUGUCGAUUGAGGACCCCAUUGAUGAUGGGGAUGAGUUGGGAUGUCGGUACCUUACGCGGAAGAGCGUCCAGGAGUUGGUGGAGAACAUGUGCGAGCAGAACUACAAGCAGUUUGAGGCGACGCUACGCUGUGGCGGUUACUUCCGGUUGGAUGGUGGCAUUACGAUUUGGCCGGCGCCGUUGCCCUACACGUCGAAGGACAUUUUCGGCGCCGAAACGACCAAACUAAUCUCGCGCAAGCUGGAAAUCUGCGGCUACAUCAGCCUGUCGGACAUCGGUUCCCCGAUGUCGGUCAGUCGGCACCUGAUUCUGCCGCGCCACGAACCGGACCGGUUGCGAAUCUCGUCCAAGGACAACCCCAGCCCGGAGGAGAAACUCGAGCAGGACGUCAAGAGCUUCUACGCCAAACCGGAUGGUGGUGGUGGCGGCGGCGGUGGGGACAACGACGAGGAUGGGACAUCCGCGGGGGACUCUACGCGCGAAUCGGUUUGCGUGUUGCUGCACGGUGCCCUCAAGGUCGAGAACAUGGCCGCCCUAGUUCUACUGACCGAGAAUUGGUACGGCUUCAUCUACUCGUACGCGGACAGCAAGAAAAAGUCCAACCUGAUGUUGAAUGUGCUCCCACCGGGAAACGACGUGGUUCCCUGGCUGGGUGACCUUCGCUUCCUAGGCAACCUGGAUGACGCAUUCCCCGGCGAAAAUCCGAGCUUCCCCAUCAAGGCGGAAAAGCGCAGCUACUCGCAGAACAUCGUCGUGUGGAUUCGCCAGGCCGGGCUCCAGUCGGACAUUCAGAAGGUGCUGCGGCAUGCGAAAAAGUUGCCCGAGAAGACGCAACACUUUUACAAGGAGUUGAACCGAAUUCGGAGGGCGGCCCUCUCGCUGGGCUUUGUCGAACUGCUCGAAGGGUUGGCGCACAUUUUUGAGCGGGAAGCGGCCACGCUGGGGUCCAGUUCGAGUCCGGAUUGCGGCAUCCAGCUGAAGCACGCGGCGAACGAGCUGAGGAAGCCGAGCAAUCGGGAUCUGAAGGCGGUCAUUCAGGCGAUGCCGACCAAGUAUAAUCAGGUGGCUUGAUGAUGAUGAGUGGUGGUAAUGCUACUUCAAUUUUAGUACAUUAAGCAUAAACAGAAUAAAUAGUAUUACGUUGAGUAAAA